UCUAGACCGGAAGUUUACAAACAAGCGGCUGCACGCUUUUUGUUACAAAUUGUUUUUAUCAUAUUUUUUCGAGAUAAAAAGCAUUUUAUAACGAAGAUGACUUCGGAAAAUGGUCAGGUUUUGUUACCAGUAGAGGCAGAGUCGUAUGUGGAACAUUUACAUACAUUUAAAGUAGCAGAAAUAGGAAAUUAUGACUGGGGAAGACAGCAUGAAAUGAUAGAAAAGAUAAAUAUGCAGGCAGUACUAAAUGCCUCUGUACAAGAAGAUGAGUUUAUUAAAGAUUUUCUCAUAUCAUAUGGAAAGACAGAUGUUUUGAUUAAAGACCUGCUCACAACAGAGAUCUGGAAAGAGAAGAUAUUUACUGAACUAAUUGAGAUGGAAUUUGAACCAAAAACUACAUUUCCCAUAUACAUGGUUUUAUUUCAUGAGGCUACACUGGUGAACCUGUUAGAGACUACAAUGUAUUUUAAAGAGAUGUGUGAGAGUGCAGAGAAUUGUAUACCUGAUUUAUUAGACUACUGCUACAGAAAACUAACACAACUCACAGCAAGAACAGUAGAAGAUUUUGAUGAUCAAGAAAUUGAUACUAAUGAUGCCUUAAAUAGUAUGUCCUCAGCAUCUAAUAUGGAGGAGUUAGAAAAACAAGAAAAGAAGUUGAAUUUUGAAAUUUGUAUUAAAUCCUUGUCAUUGUUAAGAUAUAUAACUGAUUGUAUAGAUAAUUCACCUUUAAGUGUUACAACCAGAAUAUUGAAUACAUUAGAUAUACCAAUACUGUUAGUACAUUUAGUAGAAAAUCCACCAUGGACAAGACAAAAAGAUGGUAAAACAUUUAAAUAUAUAGAUAGCAAAUGGCAAGAAAUAAGUAGAGAAGAUAGUUUAAAACUUACUAAAAUAGAGGGACAGGUAUGGUUAUCCAUAUUCAAGCUUCUGAUGGACCCACAAUGUCAACAGAAAUAUGAACUAGAUUCAUAUAGAAAAAAUGUUAUAAUUAAGCUCAGAGCAUACCUAACAGAGAUAAUGUUAGAUCAGAUUCCUGUGCUAGGAGAAUUACUCCGAUACUUGGAGCAUCUGUCUAUGAUGGAACCACCAGCUGUCAAGAAAGAACUUAUUCUAGAACAGCUACCAGAAAUGAGAGACAACAUUCUGCAGGCAAAUGAAGGAAGAUGGAAGAAGAUUGCCAAAAAACAAUCUAAAACAGUAUUUAAUCCAUCUGAGAGUGAUAUGAGAGCACAGGCCAAAAGGUGGGCAGAAACAUACAAUUUUGAUGCAGUAGAGAGUUUGAUAGCAGAGCCACCAAAAUGUGCCAUGUGUGGAGAAGAAGCUAGUAAAAGAUGUUCUAGAUGUCAAAACGAAUGGUAUUGCAGACGUGAAUGCCAAGUAAACCAUUGGCCUAAACACAAAACAGCCUGUAACCUGUUACAGGAAUCUCUACAGAAAUUGAAAUUACAAGAGAAGAGCAGCUGACCAGAGUAUAGCCAAUCAUAAUUGACAAUUUGGUUGAAUCAUUGUUGCACAUCUAAUUCAAAUAUUAUGAUAAGGUCCUUCAAUUUUUUAAAGGAAUAUUUGUUUAAUACUUCAAUCCUUAAA